AUGGUAGCCGCACCAUUAAUGUCAACCAACAGCAACACAAUGAAGGGGGAUAGAAUACAACGACGGUGGAGAUAUGGGAGGCAACAGCGAAGGAAAGAGGGAGAUAAGAAGAGAAAGAAGGGCAUUUUUUUCAAGAAAGUGUGGCAUGCCACUUUCUUCAUAAUUGUGUGGUCAUUAUGGAAAAAGCGGAAUUCGCGUAUCUUCGAAAAUGUAGCAAGUUCUCAGCGGCAGAUUCAAUCUAUGAUCCUAUUGAGAUUAGGGUGGUGGAUAAAGGGGUGGUGUGAAGACUUUCCAUACUCACCUUUGGAUAUUCAAAGGAAUCCAUCAUGCUUGUUAUGGAACUGUAUCUCUCCUCCAUCAAGCAUUCCGAAAACUAUUGCUUUAUCAAGCGAAUGGAUCCCCCCCAAUCCAGGAAUGCUUAAAUGGAAUGAUGAUGCCUCGGUCAAGAUUGAAUCAUCCUUAUCUGCCAUAGGAGGGGUUUUACGCAAUCAUGAAGGGCAGUUUGUAUGUUUGUUCUCCGCUCCAAUUCCAUUCAUGGAAAUCAAUUGCGCUGAGGUACUAGCGAUUCAUUAUGCCAUGAAAAUAUCUGUUGCAAACGAAUGCUCGAGCAAUGAACCCAUAUACUUAGAAUCUGAUUCCAGGAAUGCAGUUUCAUGGUGCAACAAUGAAGAUGGGGGGCCGUGGAACAUGUGUCAUCAUCUAAACUUCAUCAGGAAUGCAAGAAAAAAUCUCUUAAACAUCUCAAUCAUGCACAAAGGAAGAGAGACAAACUUUGUUGCAGAUGCUCUGGCAAAACAAGGCUUAAGCAGGCAUGAAGAAUUCAUUGCAUGGCUCUAG